CUCGUUACCUCACUAGUCUCUCUCUCUCUCACACUCGCUCUCAUAUUCUCUCUCUCGCGGCUAGGGUUUUAGCGCAGCUCUCUCUUGUUCUCUCUCUCUCCUCAGUUGAUUCAGAAUGGGUAAGGAAAAGGUUCACAUUAACAUUGUGGUCAUUGGUCAUGUCGACUCUGGGAAGUCGACCACCACUGGUCACUUGAUCUACAAGCUUGGAGGUAUUGACAAGCGUGUUAUUGAGAGGUUCGAGAAGGAAGCUGCUGAGAUGAACAAGAGGUCAUUCAAGUACGCCUGGGUGCUUGACAAGCUCAAGGCUGAGCGUGAGCGUGGUAUCACCAUUGAUAUUGCCUUGUGGAAGUUCGAGACCACCAGGUACUACUGCACGGUCAUCGAUGCCCCUGGACAUCGUGAUUUCAUCAAGAACAUGAUUACUGGAACCUCCCAGGCUGAUUGUGCCGUCCUCAUUAUUGACUCCACCACUGGUGGUUUUGAAGCUGGUAUUUCCAAGGAUGGACAGACCCGUGAGCAUGCUCUCCUUGCUUUCACCCUCGGUGUCAAGCAAAUGAUUUGCUGCUGCAACAAGAUGGAUGCCACUACCCCCAAGUACUCAAAGGCUAGGUACGAUGAAAUCGUGAAGGAAGUCUCUUCCUACUUGAAGAAGGUUGGGUACAACCCUGACAAGAUUCCUUUUGUCCCCAUCUCUGGAUUUGAGGGUGACAAUAUGAUUGAGAGGUCUACCAACCUUGACUGGUACAAGGGUCCAACCCUUCUUGAUGCACUUGACCAGAUCAAUGAGCCAAAGAGGCCCUCAGACAAGCCCCUCCGUCUCCCACUUCAGGAUGUUUACAAGAUUGGAGGCAUUGGAACUGUCCCUGUGGGUCGUGUUGAGACCGGUAUCAUCAAGCCUGGUAUGGUUGUGACUUUCGGCCCCACUGGACUGACCACUGAAGUAAAGUCUGUUGAAAUGCAUCAUGAGGCUCUCCUAGAGGCUCUUCCUGGUGACAAUGUUGGCUUCAACGUUAAGAAUGUUGCUGUGAAGGAUCUCAAGCGUGGGUAUGUUGCCUCCAACUCCAAGGAUGAUCCUGCCAAGGAGGCAGCCAACUUCACCUCCCAAGUUAUCAUCAUGAACCACCCUGGCCAGAUUGGAAAUGGUUACGCCCCUGUCCUCGAUUGCCACACCUCCCACAUUGCUGUCAAAUUUGCUGAGCUCUUGACCAAGAUUGACAGGCGGUCUGGUAAGGAGCUUGAGAAGGAGCCAAAAUUCCUGAAGAAUGGUGAUGCUGGAAUGGUUAAGAUGCUUCCCACCAAGCCCAUGGUUGUGGAAACCUUUUCCGAGUAUCCCCCACUUGGUCGUUUUGCCGUCAGGGACAUGCGUCAAACUGUGGCUGUUGGUGUCAUCAAGAGUGUGGAGAAGAAGGAUCCAUCUGGAGCCAAGGUGACCAAGUCUGCUGCCAAGAAGAAGUGAAUUGUGCUGCACCCAGUUUCUGCAAGUGCUGGGUAUCGUAGUCCUUACAGUAAGGACUGGGUUCUUGCUAUUAAUCUAUCCAUAGAAGGUCUAAGUGUUUGUUUUGUUGGUAAUAGCUUCAAGUCUCUGCCAUCGUCAUGUAGCUUCAAUUCCCAGAAUUGGGUGCUUGACCGACGGUGGCGGGGCCAUGGAGUAACCUAGUGUUUUUUGAUUUGCUUAAGGUGUCAUGUGAGACUUAUUUAUUUUCAUAAGCAGCUAUGGAGUUUUAGGUCUGUUUUCAUGCUGCCCGGAUUUUUGCUAUUUACAUUUAUAGUUAUCUAGUCUGUGUGUUUUCAAUUGAACAAUUUUUACUUGCUGCAUCUCUACUGAUAUGUUUUUUAAGGUUCGCUACUUUUAUUCUUUAUUAUAGAUCUUUACUGGUUGAAUUGUUUUCGGAA